AUGGCGGACCCCGAUGCCAUCUACGAACUCGCACAGCGCAUAGAGUCCAACGUCGAUGUCGACAAAAGGGUCGCUUCUUUGCACUCGUUGCAGUCCCAACUCGAAUCCGCUGGCUACGUCGUCGAAGCAGAUGCCGUCACCUCAGCCGUCAAGGUUGCUCUAAAGCAUGCCAAUCAGUCCCUCAGCACUGCUUCGCUCUCGUUCAUCUCAACGUAUGCUUCCAUGAUCUACUCUGGAGACGGAACAGAAUCGCAUUCCAUCCUCAACCACAAUGUCCGCAUGCUCAUCAACUCGGUCAGCCUGCUUGUUAUCGAAAAGCUCGGCGAUCAAAAGGAACGCGUCAGGGAAGCUGCACGAACAGCCCUUAUCGAACUUGGAAACGCUGCUUACACUAUCAGUUCCGGUCACCUCACCACCUCCGGCAAGGGCAAGGAAACAGAAACACCUCUCGGCAUCUUUGAACGCACACUUCGCGAGGCAGGUCUAGCCGCCAAAUUUGCAAGAAUCAGAGAGCAGUCGGUGCUUCUUCUGCCCAUUUUGCGUCAGAAUUGCGAAAAGUAUCCCGUCAGACCUCUGCUCCCCAUCACGGUGGAACUGUUGCUGGAUGCUGACGCCACUGUCAGGGAAGGCGCACGGUCGACUCUCGUCUCGCUCUUCAGCAGUGCAACCCCCGCCGCCAAAGCUGACUUGAAGAAAGAGCUCGAGAAACGAGCUGUACGCAAACAGACCGCCGACGCCAUCCUUCUCGAAGUACUCGGUGCACCAUCGGCGCCCUCUGCGUCUGUCCUCAGUCCACCAGCCGCAACCUCGUUUGCUCCCACCACACGAUUCCAAUCCUCGUCUUCGCAGGCUGCUGACGCUCCAACACCGAGCUCAUACACAAAGGUUGCUUCAGCUUCAGCGUCGCAUGCUCCGACAUCUUCGACAACAAUGUCUGCAGCUGCGACGGCUGCAGCCGACGACAUACGUCCAGUCUACAUCGCUUCGCGGUCUGACUUGGAACGUACGUUUGCAACCAUGAUGCCCUUUUUCGAGUCCAAAGAGUCUGAACACAAUUGGCUCAACAGAGAGCAGUCCAUGAUCAAGAUCCGCGGUCUCAUCAUCUCCGGCGCCCACCGUCAGUUCGGAGAAGCUUUCUUUGUCAGCCACCUCAAGACGGUGCAAGAGGGCAUCCUCAAGUGCGUCGCCAGUCUGCGAACCACUCUAUCCAUGCACGCUGUGCAUCUGGUGCAAGAGUUGGCUAUCGAGCUGGGAGACGAUCUGGCUCCUUGUGUCGAGGCCUUCCUCAUCCAUCUCAUGGGCAUGGCUGGUUUCACCAAGAAACUCAUCGCCAACGCCACCCAAGAAGCUGCAGCUGCCAUCAUGGUCAGUGUCAGCUUCCGGCCCCUCUACCUCCAGCUCAUCUGGCAAGGUGUCCAGGACAAGAACGUCGCCGCUCGCACUGCAGCUGCCGAGCACAUCUGUACCGUGCUCAACCACCAUGCAGCGCAUCGCAAGCAUGCCGUCGAAUCGCAUGGCGGCUUGGACUUGCUCGACAAGUCUCUCAGAAAAGGCGUUGGCGAUUCGAAUCCUGCUGCGAGGACAAAGAGCAGGGAAGCCUUUUGGAUCUUUCAUCGAUACUGGCCGGACCAGGCCAAUGUUAUUCUAAACUCACUCGAACCGUCGACGAAGAAGCAGGUUGCUGCUUUAGCGCCUGCCGACGUAGAGACCGAGGCAAUCAUCGAGCAGAAACCCAAGACCAGUGGCGCACCUGCCCGUGUUAGACCAGGCGGCGCAUCUGUGGCGCUCAUCCAGGCCAAAAAGGCUGCGGCCCUCAAAGCGACGCAGGAAAGGGAACGUAAGAAAGCGGAAGAUGCCGCGGCCGCACACGAGGCUCGUGUCGCGGCUGCACGGAUUGCUCUGGCUGAACAGCAGCAACUGGAAUUCCAGCAACAGCAGCAAAUGGAGUUCCAGCAGCAGCAGCAGCAGCAGCAGCAGCAGCAAUACCAGCAACACCGUCAACAGCAAGCACCGGCGGAAGAGUACACUACGCCAAUCACAACGCAAAAGAAGAGCACUGGAUUCAUGCCCGCCCGCCACCGCUCUCAACAGCAAUCGGGCCACGCAGGCAGCCUGAAACCGUCGAGCGAGCUAUCGGUACUUGUCAGUCCUACAGCACAUCAACGCAUCGAGACAGCCAUCGCGGUGCCUCUGCCUACCAGUCCGAGUCCUGUCGCGCAGGCACGCGAGCUACCGCCUCAAUCUCGCGUUGCAAGCUCGUCUCUGUCCCGCACGAGCUCCGAAACUUCUUCUCAACCUCGCUCGCCCGGACUGAGUCCCAUCUCUGCUCGCAACCGAGCUAUUUCUACCUCGUCAUUCUCGUCGCAAGGGUCUGGAUCGGUGUCGUCGCCGUCAGCUCGGAUGCAUGCAACAGCGAGCACGCCUCGUUCGUACCGACCCGCAACGACUACGGCGACAGGCAACGCGCUCGAUGCCGACCUGGAGAAUCUCAGUGUUGGCGGAAUCGACGAUGGAGACGUCACGGCAGACGCAACACAGCAGGCCCGCUUGUCAACGGCGCAGCGCAGCAACGGGGCGGAUGAAGACGAUACUGUACAAUUCAACGCACCAGAGGACGCAUCGAUGGAUCUGAUGGGUAUGAACUUCAAUUCUCCUUUCAAGCUUCCCGCUUCUGCGACCGCCGCUGGUGGGCAGCGGGCUUUCAAAACACAAUCGGUGCUGAUCGAGCGGCAGAGUGCGCUCGACUCGCUACAAAAAACGCCCCAGGGCAAAACGAGUCGAACCGUCUCGACCUCGAGUGCUUCGAGUACGGCUUCCUCGGCUACGCCGGGAACCGCUGUUCGUCGCUCUGGCCUGCCGAGACCUGUCUCGAUGAUGUACUCGCCUUCGCCUUCGGCUCAGGGUACGCAUCCUUUCCCGCGCUCGACGUCGAGCCGGGUAGUGUCAUCAUCGACCCCGUCGCGUCAGACGUUUUCUCAGCUGUCGAACGGCGGUAGUGGCGCCAAAGCUACAAAUGCGCUGGAGAACCGAGCGAAGCGCCUCGACUCGCAACAGCCGGGGGUAUCGCCUUCGCCGGCGAAAGCAAAACCGGAGGUGUGGUCGUGGAUUGCAGCGCUGACCAGCGGCACGGCGGAUGUGCGGACGUUCAGACGGCUCGCGAGGUUGUCUGCCGAAUUCAAAGUGGAUCUGAGCGCAACGAAGGGUGGUGAUGAGGAGGAGGACGAGGGUGAUGAGACGGUUCUCCGGCCUGGGCCGUUGGGCAACCGUGCCGAGGUGAAACGGGACGAUGGCGAGCUGUUCAGGAACAGCACCGAGGCGUGGCUGGAUGGAGGGCUGUUUAGUUCGCUCCUGGACGGACUCAAGCGGUACUUGGGCGCGGACACCGGGGUGAGCAGCGAGCUGCAGAUGAGCGCGCAGGUAGUCCUGCACCGAGUAGUUGAGUACCAAUUCCCCCUCUUCAGCGCUACAGCCAAAGAAGGCGAGCUGCUCAGCCUCGUCCUCGGAUCCAUCGCCUCACUGCCAUCCGUACCCACAUCGUCCUCCUCAUCGGUCGUAGCCAAGAAAGCAGCGCUCCAAGGCUUCGAAACCAUCCUCACCGCCUGGGCGACGCACUGCGACCCCGUGCUCGGGUUCGACGCGCUGCUCUCCUCCGCCGCCGACGCUGGCACUCCAGCUGUGCUGCGCUCCGGGUUUACGCCGCUGCUGGUGCGCCUGCCCGCCGAGCUGGUGCUGGAGGACUUCCUGCCGCGCUUGAAACCGGUGCUGGUGGCAGCGCUGGCUGCGCCGACGCCCGACACGCGCUUGACGGCCACAACGCUGCUCAAGAGGGUCAACGAGCGCGCGGUGGACGAGGGCGUGGCGGGGAGUCAUGACCGCAUCUUUGCCGCGUUGGGGUUGGCGCACGAGCAGGCGGAUCGGGCGCUGUGCGACUUGCUCAUGUACUAUUUCUACAAAAAGUGA